AUGCACAGAAUGAGUGUAGUGUGUUCUGUGAGUUAGUUCUACCCAGUUCUACUCACAAUGCAGGGUACAGCAUGCACGUGCUGUGUGUGUAAAGACACACGCACAAGCAUUUCUAGGAGUAGGAACGGAAAGCUCAGAUUCAGGUUGUCUACAUAUGGAUGGACACCGCUGCAGAUCUGGCUGGCUGGUGGUGUGCGGAUCCUCAGUUGUUAAGUUGUACACACAAACUCUUGUCAAGGAGUGCUCCAAGAAACGGACUUUGGUAAAUGGCAUGAGGAGGUGAUCACCAUGGGAAUUUCUCGAGAGGCUCGUUGGUAUGCCUUGUUCCUGCCUUCAUCUUGGCUCUCCAAUGUUGGCCAUGGUCUCAUGGUCACUGUCGUGGGACCCACUCAGCCCUACCUAGCCAAGAAUGUGGGAGUUAAUAUCGCUGUCAUCAACUUGGUGUGGACCUUUGGCUUCCUAGGCUACAUUAUUGGCUCCCUUGGAACGGGAUUCAUAUUCAAGAGAUAUUUGACGAAUCCCAAAAUGAAAUUGGCCUUUCUUUGGAUCACACUAAGCCUUAACGGAGUCGGAAUGCUCAUCUUACCGUUCAUAACCAAUUUUGGAUUACUAGUGACGGUCCGAGGCCUUCAGUAUGGUCUCUUGGGAGCAUACAUCACGGCCGAUAGCUCUAUGUUGGUGUACACGAUGGGCCCGAUCAAAUCUCGUCCGUUCACAAAUGCCCUUCAUGCGUGUGUGGGCAUCGGAUUCCUGGCCGCCACAUUCCUCGUCCGGCCUUUUCUGCCCAGUGAGGCGAGCGCCUUGAAAAAUAAGGAUCAAGUGUGCUUCGGCAAUGGAACCAAUGUCGAGGAUCCUUUGCUCACUGUGGACCUCCAGGAUGAGGAUGCCUAUUUGUGGGGAAUCCAGAAAAUUGCGUGGCCCUUCAUCAUCUCGGGAAUUUGGUGCUGUGUCUUCAGCUUGGGCUAUCUUAUUUUGGGGUUUUUGCCAUUGACAAUGCCCAUCUAUUAUCAACCCACAAAUAAGCAAAUCGAAAAAGAUGGUCAUGGAUCGGAAAUGGAGCAAUUCGGAGAUGAGGAAGACAGCAAACCCGUUGGAAGCAAAGAAAUUGGACCUCAUCACCGCUCCAGCCAGCCUCGAAUUCGUUACUGGAAACAGGUGUUGACCCUCGUGUUCUUUUACUACGCAUUUUCAUGUGGAAUUGAACGGAUCUACCAACCAAUGGCCUACACGUUCGGCUUAUGUGGGCCCCUGAAAUUGGCUCCCAGGGACGCAGUCAUCACGGAUUCCACCUACAAUGGCGGCUUUAUGACGGGGAGGAUUGUCUCAGUUCUCUUGGGAGGGUUUGUCAAGCCACGAAACAUGAUCUUCGCCAGCAGUGGGUGUUGUAUCAGUGCGUCCAUCCUCCUCAUUGCCGUGGGCACUUCCAACAAAUUCGGCCUUUACAUAGGCACAGCCAUCCUGGGGUUCUUUGUCUCUUGGCAAUUCGGUUCCUGCUACUCCUGGAUCUCUCAAAAGGGCGACAUCACCGGACGAAUCUCGCCCAUUUUCUUUCUGGGCUGUGGUUUCGGUAGCUCGAUCUUCCCACCUUUGUCAGGCUUUGUCUUCAACUCGGCCUUGGGACCCAUGGGGAUCCUUUACUUAACCCUGAUGGCCACGCUGUGCCAAUUCGUCAUCUACGCCACCAUGUGGGCACUCAGCCGGGCGAAGCCAACCCAGAUGGUGAUUAAAUAACGAGCUGGUCUUCAUGAGAGACCCUACUACAAUUCCUAACCACAACACCACAGAUCAAAAUUUCCUUUUUCCUCCAUUUCUUAUUUUCUUUAUUCCUCAAGCUGCGACUGGAAAAUAUAUGGUCAUUAUGUUUAUGAGAUCACUGUCCUAUUUGAUAUAUUUGCAGACUAAAAAAUUGCUGUGUCAUAAAAGACUCUUCAUUAAACCGAAGUGAUAUUGAGGUCAA